GAACGCGUUUGCGGGAGUGGUCGAUUUUCGAACGUCUAUCUAGCAGAUCUUGUUGAGCCUGAAACACGAAAAGUUGCAAUUAAGAAUUCAUGGGAACCAAAAAAUGUUAUUAUUGCUAAGGAUCAGCUAUAUCCCGAGAUUGAAGUGCUGUCACAUAUUCCUCCUCAUCCAAAUGUCGUCACGCUCCUCUACCACUUUACAAGAAAAAUUGAUAAGCAGGUACUGGAGCUUGCUUGA